AUGGCAAAUAAGGCAGAUCCCGGAAUGAUAUAUGAGCACUGUAUAGCCAAUGAUAGUUGUACUCUCGCAUUUCAGACCUCGCUACCAGUUAAAGAAAAAGCGGCAUCUGAAUCUCGCUACGAACGAUGCAUCAUCUUGAUGCAUGGGUUCAGCGGUUCGAGCGCAUAUUUUACGCGUAAUUUCGAAGCUCUAAGUCGCGAUUACUGGGUCGUCGCCCCGGACAUGCGGGGUCACGGAAAUUCCAGUCGGCCGCUCGGGGGUUAUCAUGUAGCCCGUCUAGCUGUUGAUCUGCGAGCCUUGGUCACUCAUUUGAAAGACUCCAUAACCCUUACCAAACCGGUAAAAAUUAUACCCGUCGGAUGUUCAAUCGGUGCUGCUGUUCUCUGGACUUACGUUGAGCUCUUUGGAUACGACGACUUCAGCGGGUUUGUGUUCGUCGAUCAGGGGCCAUUGCAAGAUCGUUCACCCUUUGGCAACUGGGACGCGUCGAAAUCCCACCUGGGCUGCUAUGAUGAGCAAACUAUGCAAGCUGCACAGCGGGAGUGGAUACAUGAUUCGGUCAAUGCACAUCUAGGUCUAGUACAAUCUUGCUUGGGAUACCGAUAUGCGCCGGAGCCAGCUACUGACGAUUUGUCGGAUGAACGACGACGGCGCGACGAGGAAUUCUUUACGCAUAUUAGCGCGCAGUGUGACCAAACUUGGCUAGCGAAGCUGCUGGCCGACCACACGCGCUACGACCACCGUGAAGCUAUUGCAGAUAUCAUAUUGCCUACACUGGUCAUGGCAGGUCGAAGGACGGGCUGUUUCCCUCUCGAAGGCAUGAAGGAGAUCGUAAGGCAAAUAGAGUCGAAACACCCCGGAACAGCAAAGAUGUCAAUAUUCAACUCUGGCCAUUGGCUGUUCUACGAAGAGCCAGAGAGAUUCAACAAUGAGAUCGCCGAGUUUGCGCAGAUAUAUUUUGGGUGA